UCACUCCAUACCGCUUUUUUAUAUGUCACAGGAUCUUCCCCCAAGUCGUCACCACUCACCACCACCACCACUUCUUUCAUCCGUCGAUACCCAGAAGGGAAGUCAGGAAUGGAACCGAAACUAACUGCGGACAUAGACCAGAUGCCCCCGCGAGGGCCCCAUCACCGUCGUGCCCACUCUGACACUGGCUUCCGCAUUGAUGAUCUCUUCCUCUGGGACGUCUCCGACGUCGACCUCUCCUCCCUCGACCUCCCCGCACCUCCCUCCAAUCCCUCCCCUUCUCAUGUCAUACCCAUCCCCGCUGAUUCCUCAGACGACUCCUCAUCCAAUGGCCAACCUCGCCCUUCUCACCCUAGGCAAAUCUCCUCCCACCUCCGCAGCCUCUCCGUCGAUUCCGAUUUCUUCGAUGGACUCGGGUUGACUGGACCCGCAGUUUCCGGAGCCGCUGAAGAGAAAUCUGGCGGGAAAUUGGUGGCGGGUGAGAAGAGAGCACACCAUAGGCACAGUAAUUCCAUGGAUGGGUCUACUUCUGCACUCUUUGACCUAGACUCUGUUAUGGCUGUGGAUGGUGUUAAGAAAGCUAUGGCUCCCGAUAGACUAGCUGAACUGGCUCUGAUUGAUCCCAAGAGAGCUAAGAGGUAUUUUCUGCUAACCUUUAUGAUUCUGGCUAACAGGCAAUCUGCUGCGCGUUCAAAGGAAAGAAAAAUUAGGUAUACCGGCGAGCUGGAGAGGAAAGUGCAGACUCUUCAGACAGAAGCUACCAAUCUCUCUGCCCAGGUUACAAUGUUGCAGAGGGAUACUACUGGUUUGACUGCUGAGAAUAAGGAACUCAAAUUACGACUGCAGGCAAUGGAACAGGAAGCACAACUUAGAGAUGCCUUGAAUGACGCUUUGAAGGAAGAAGUGCAGCGGCUUAAGAUAACAGCUAGUCAAAUGUCAGCCAUGAAUGGGAAUCCUUUCAACAGGGUACUACCUCCUCAAUUUGCAGGUCAGCAAUCGGUCUUGCAUCAGUUUGGUGGUCCUCAGACCCAGCAGCAGCCGCUACAGAUGCCUCAACCAUCCACCAACAACCAGACUCUCAACAGACAGCCUCACCCGCACUUCAUGGACUUUGACCAGAGGGUCUAGUCUCAUGUUGGAAUCAAAAAAUGCAGAAGAAAAUUUGUUUAAUGUAGCUUUUUGUACAUAGGAAUAUGUAUAUCUGUUGCAGGUAGAGGUGGUGAAGAGUGUUGCUUGACUAGAGAUGUGUUGCAUGGAAACCUUAGGUCUUAUUCGGUUAUUGAUGGCUAGAUGAUUGUAGUAACCUAUCUUUAUAACUUACAGAACCUGUCGAGUAGAGAUUAGUAUGACCUUAACAUAUCAUGUUCUUAUAAAGGGGAAUGCUGCAAAUCUGGUAACAUUCGAAACAGCAACAGCAAUUGAUGUGGCUGGCACGUCCAUGACUGUUUUCGGGUCACAGAAAAUCACAGAACAAUGAGAAUAAAAUUAAGGAGGUUAU